GUCGAGUGGGAGUGGCUCAAGUCCUUUCAUUACUUCGAGAAGAACCAAGUCCUCAGGGAAUCCCUAAAAAACCCAAACGAAAAAAAAAACCUGCCUGCUCUUCAUCCCGAAUCGAGCGCCUUGGGGCUUAGACUACCAAUCGAGCUUUGUCUUCUCGGCCGUCGGAGAUUGUGCGAGUCGGAUAGGAGCUCAGAGCAACGCCGUCGAGAUUGUGCGGGUCGGAAUAGGAGCUCGGAGCCUUAUGACGAUCUCGAUCCUCGACAAUUUCGACUUCUCUGUGUUCUCGGAAGGAGCCGGAUCUGGAGGCUGGAAACAACGAGAAUCUAUAUCCAGGUCUUGAUCUUGGCGAGAAAUAGCUCCGAUGAGGUUUGAUCCAGAAGGUUUACGGCAUCCUGGCCACUAUGCUCGUCAUCACCACCUUCGUCUCCUUCAUCACCGUCAAUGAGCUUCUCAGGGCAAGCCCUGGUCUCCUCUUAUUCCUCUGAUUCGUCCGCUUCAUCCUUACGUUAUUCUCUUUCCAAUUCCCCUUUCCUCCUAACUCUCAAUUCCUCAAUGUUCAGGGUUUGGGAUAUAUUUGUUGUAUAGUUACGACUCCUAUGGCAGUUUGUGUCGAACAUGGUUGAUUACUUUCAGAUGUGGAUGUGAAUCGUAUGGUCAAUUAGGGUAUUUCUUGUUGGUAGUGGUUGAGAAUUUG